AUGAGUCAAAAUCAAAGGAAUUAUUUUUAUCUUUAUGAAGCAGUUUAUCCUGAGCUAACUUUAGUGCCAAAUACAAUAAGGUUCGGAGAUCCUGAAAAUUCUGUAGAUGACGACGAUUCAGUAGCAAGUUCAGAUAGCAUCGAUAGUCACGAGUUUGAUUCAUCUUAUAACAGUGAUGAAAGUGAGGAAUUGUUCUUUCAAGUUUAUUCGGAAGAUUUUUUCCCUAAUAAUAACAGCGAUAAAGUUACCUCAAAUAAUAAAAGCUCGAAACAUGAUAUGAUGGUUCAAAAUAAUGAUUCAGUAGGUGAAGGAAGUUCGCUUCAAAGUAACGAAAAUAGAAAAGAGAGCAAUUUUCCCAAUGAAGAAAGCAUAUUUCAGAAUAUUAAUAGAGAAAGAGUUGUUAAUUCUAACGUUAUCAGAAGAGUUACUUUCAAUAAUUCAAAUGGCAUAAAUGCGUUGCAGGGCAUUAUUAAAAAAGAUGCAUGUUUUGAUAACGAAAACAUAUUGAAGGACAAUUCUAUUAAAAAAAGAUAUUCUGAUAAAGAAUAUACAUUACAGGAUGGUCCGGAACAUAAUAUUGACAACUUCGAUCAACAAAUUGCUGAUGGAUAUUUAGCUUCUGAUCAUUCGGAAGUUUCAUCACAAGGAAGUUUUGAUUUGUUGUCAGAUAAUAAUUUAAGUGACUUUGAAUCACUUCAAGAUAUGCUUGAUUUUGAAGCUGAGAAUGAAGAAGAUAUUCUGGACGAAACUUUUGAUAAUUCUAUACAAAAGACUUCCAGUUACAAAACAGAAUAUUUUAAUAAAACAUUGAAUGAAGAAAUAAACAACGAUUCCUCUCAGCAACUAGUUUCACAUGAAGAUAAAAGUUUGGAACAUAAUUUGUUUCAGGUUCAUGAUGGUGAUUUCAUUAGUUCCUCAACCACAGCGCAUUUCUCGGUGCCUUUAUCAUAUCCAUUGGUUGUUAUAAAUUCGGAUGCAAGUGUACCAUACAUUACACAAUCAAAAUCAUCGAUGCCAUUGACUCCGAAAGAAAGAAGUUUGUCAUCUUCAGGAGAGAGAUUUGAAUCACCGACAACUGGAUUACCUCAAUCUGAAUUCAUGUCACCACCUUCAUCUUUAUCAUCGAAAGAUCCACAAGAUGAAGAACGCUAUGAUACCCGUAAAAAAGAUGAGAAGGUCAGUCGUAGCAGCCGUUCGAGAAGUGCAGAAGCAAAGUUCCAUGCUUUACGUUCUCGAUCGGUUAAGUAUCAAGGUUCGAGUAAUAAGCAAUCUCGUCAAGGAGGACAUCAUUCUGAUCACACUCGCAUGAAAAAAAAUGGCAUGUCACUU